AUGGCAAACAUCAAUUACCUUCUCUUUGAGUCUGCCGCUGGUUAUGCCGUCUUUGAAGUCGUCAACCAGGCGGACAUCGUGGGGCUGCGCAACAAGGAAGUUCAGGAUUCGCUCAAGAACCUGAGCACCUUCACCAAAUAUGUGAAGCUUGUCAACUUCACUCCCUACCGCAAUGCGGCCGAGACCCUCGAAAAUAUCAACAUGCUGUCCGAGGGAAUUAUGUCCGACUACCUGAAGUCUGUCCUCGAACUCAACCUUCCCCAGACCAGUGGAUCCAAGAGCAAGGUUGUCCUCGGUGUCCAGGACAAGAAGUUGGCUGGAGAGAUCAGCUCCGAAUUUAAGGGUGUGGAGUGCGAGACGAGCGAGACUUCCGACGUGGUCGCUGAGCUGCUGCGAGGCAUCCGCCUGCACGCUGAGAAGCUUUUGAAGGGCCUCCAGGAGGGCGACAUCUCCCGCGCCCAGCUCGGUAUGGGCCACGCCUACUCCCGUGCCAAGGUCAAGUUCAGCGUACACAAGAAUGACAAUCACAUCAUCCAGGCGAUUGCGACUCUGGAUGCUCUUGACAAGGGUAUCAAUGCUGGCUGCAUGCGUGUGAGGGAGUGGUACGGCUGGCACUUCCCCGAACUCAUUCGAAUCGCAUCCGACAACGUCACCUAUGCCAAGCUGGUGCUUGCCAUCGGCAACAAGAAGGAGCUCACCGAUGACAAGCUACAUGACAUUGCUACUGUUGUUGGAGACGAUGGAGACAAAGCGCAGGACAUCAUCAACGCUGCAAAGGUUUCUAUGGGGCAGGAUAUUACCGACACCGACCUGGCCAUGGUCAAGUCCUUUGCAACUUCCGUCACCAAGAUGGCUGCCUACCGCAGACAAUUAUCUGAGUCACUAGACAAGAAGAUGAAGGAUGUUGCCCCCAACCUGCAGGUCAUUCUCGGCACCCCCGUCGCCGCCCGCCUCAUCUCUCACGCCGGAUCCCUCACCAACCUCGCCAAAUACCCUGCCUCCACUCUCCAGAUUCUCGGUGCCGAGAAGGCGCUGUUCCGCGCUCUCAAGACCAAGGGCGCGACUCCCAAGUACGGUCUGAUCUACUCCUCCUCGUUCAUCGGCCGAGCCCCCGCCCGCACCAAGGGCCGUAUCAGCAGAUACCUUGCCAACAAGUGCAGUAUCGCUUCCCGUAUCGACAACUUCUCCGAGAACCCGUCAUCACACUUCGGCGAGGCCCUUCGCCAACAGUUAGAGGACCGCCUUGAGUUCUACGCUUCCGGCAAGAAGCCCCAGAAGAACGAGGAUGCUAUGAGGUCCGCCAUGGACGCCAUCCUUGGCGACGGAGGCGACAUAGCCAUUGACACCGAGAUGAUUGAUGUCCACGAUGCACCAGUCGAGUCCGAGACGAAGAAGUCCAAGAAGGAGAAGAAGCGGAAGUCCGACGUUAUGGACGUCGACGUGUCCGAGAAGAAGAGCAAAAAGGACAAGAAGGGCGUGGAUGGCGAGAAGACCAAGAAGAAGAAGAAGCAUUCCAUCGGUGCCUAA